GUAUUCUGAUACUUACCCCAGAUCAUCCGCUUUCAAUCGCUCACAUCUCCUCGCGCUCUCCAGCCAUCGCGCUCUUCACGACGCCCAACCUAGCGCACCAGACUUCGAUCUUCAAUCUCUCUGAGCAGCAAAACGCAGAGUCGCAACGCUCAUACGAGCUCUUGAACACACCGCCUACGACGGCGGAGUACGCGAACGUGAUUGAAUCGCAUCUCAGCGGGUUACGUGAUUACCUCAAUACUCGCCAAAUGCGACCAAUAAAAUUCGAAGUUCCGCCUGCGUUUGCUUCGUUACCCAGCGGAGGCUCGACAUUGAACUCUCGAGUCCAGGCAUUCGAACUCCGUCCGUUUACCGAGCGACUAUUGACCACCUCAGAUAUUCCCUAUCAAUAUUCCGUUGCAGACAACGAGCGCGCGCCUGUUGAUCCAUCAAAUUCCAUCUCUCUCGAUACAAUGCUCCAGACACUUCAAAAUAACCCUUCCUCGAUUCCUGUACAAAUUCCCGAGUUGCCAACUGAUACCCCGCAAAACGGUCUCGAUCCGACUCAGACCACCGUCUCUGCUCAUGAUAUACCCGGCACAUCUGGGGUCGAAGCGAUAGGUCCAUUGCCGAAAAAGCGAAAGAGUGAAAAGGCUAGCUCGGUUGGAGUCCAACAUUCACAAGCAGCAUUCAGUAAUCAAGUCCCCGAAACCUUCCAACAGCCAUACGUCUCAGCAGACACAUCGAUCGCCGACUCAUCCAUGGCAUCCAGAGACGUCUACCCGUCCUCCGCCGCCCCUACUUCUCCUCUGCCAAGCACCUCACCCGACACGCACAAACGAAAGACCGCUCCAGAUUACACAGACGCACUGGUCUUUGACGAUCCGACCCGCAAGUCUCAGGUUGCGCUUGAAGGCCUUACAAACCUGAUUGAGAACGUCUUCGAGGCAGACGACAACCUCGCCACCGACACGUCUGGAGUCCGUGGAGAAUUCUCCUCCGUUUGGGCUGUGGACGGUCCGACCGAUGAUCCUGUUUUAUCAAAUGAAUAUCUGAUCCGCCUCGAAAGCGUAUUGAAGCGCGUCAUCAGCUUCAACGUAUACCCCGAGAUCUCAAUCGACGAUAUCCUGAGAUUGCAAAAAAUAUGCUUGAAAUCGGUCCGCUUAGGAAGCGCUCUACACUGGAACGGUGCGGAAGGGUUACUAGAAGCUGAUACGGCUGCGGUCUACAACGAUGUCUCGACUGCCGAUAACUCGCUCAAGGCCGCAAAGUUGAUUUUUCUCACAAUGCUCGGGUCUCGAGAGGAAAAGCAAAUCUGCUCAGAAGACAUCAUCAAAGAGACCCUGGAUUUGCUCAGCGGUCUUAUCGACGGCCUGUUUAUCCCGCUUAUCCCACCCGUGUCUGAUAUGGAGAGCUUGCUACCAUUCAAGAAGUUGGUCUUGGGUCUCUUGCAGGAAAUGAUUCGGGUCAUCAAUCUGAUCUACCAAUUACUCGAGCUGCAAGACGUGAGCGAGACCGUAAUCUCCAGAUUCGAGUUUGUGUGCAUCGGCGUCAUUUUCGCGGAGACUCCCACGUUCAACAAAGACUCGUACCUCGGGAUUGCAAAUAUUGAGAAUCUCCGCGUGGCAGCCAUGGACGUGCUCGCACAGAUUUUCGCAUGUCAGCCCGAGCAGCGGACUUUUCUAUUAAACGAGAUCUUGACUAGUCUUGAGAAGCUUCCCGUGAGUCGCCAGACCGCGCGACAGUAUAAGCUUGUAGGCGGCGGUCAUAUUCAGUUGGUGACUGCGCUUAUCCUGCGUCUUGUGCAAACAGCCGGGUCGUUGCAUCUCAAUCAAAAAUUUGCUUCUGUCUCCUCUGUCCCACAAGGAGAUGGGGCAGAAGAUAACGAUCAGCAAUCAGACGAGCGUGCACAGUUCAUCCAAGAGUGUGCGCGCUGCAACUCUGAAGCUUUGAAAAGUUCCAACGACGUGAUCAGUUUCCUGAUCGAACGGGUGCUAAAGUCGAAAUCACGCGAUGACCAGCCUUAUCGCGGACUAUUGGAUCUCUUCACCGAAGAUUUUCUUGUCGUGCUCGAGUCGCCCGAGUGGCCGGGUGCCGAAGUCUUGCUUCGCUCGCUGGCGAUGCGGAUGAUUUCUUUUGCAAACAACGAGAAGGAACCUGCACUGGUCUGCACCAUGGCAAUCGACAUCCUCGGCACGAUCGGCGAGAAACUGCUGCUCUUACGGCACCACGACUCGAAGCUUCCGGAGCUGACCGCGUCGGCUUCCCAGUCGGAUAUGAAGCAGAUCGGCAAGGUUGCAAAUUCGAUUUUGCUAUAUCUGCAUAAACUCCGGCUGGUGGAUUCGACUGCCGGCGGAUCGUUUGGGUAUUUCAUGACGGCUUGGGUAGCGCUGCUUGCCUCUCUGGAUGUUGAAGCUGUGAAGCCUGUGGUCGAUGGCGCUAUUGAGAAGUUGAUGCAAAAGGCGUCGUCUAAUACUUGGGCAGCCAAGGAAAACUUUGAGGAUGAAACUCCGGCGGCGAUGAAAGCCAAAUACACCGACUUUUCCCGCCUGAUGCCAUUAUAUAAGCUCUAUGACCGGAUAUUCUCAGAGAUUUUGGUGUCCCUCAACUCCGAACGCAUCACGUCGCGAACCAAAGGUCUCCGAGUUCUCAGCAUUCUCGUAGCCGUCGACCCGACGAUCCUGAUGAUCCCUAUCGUUCUCUCGAACGUCUCCUCGCGGCUGCGAGACCAGUCUGCGCAAGUUCGGGACGCGGCCGUCGAUACAAUUGGCAAGUUUAUCUUGACGAAACCAGAAGUCACGCAGAAGUACUAUCUGCUGCUUUGCGAGCGGGCCAACGACACCGGCACAGCGGUGCGCAAACGCGUCGUCAAGUUGCUCCGAGACAUUUGCGUGUCUACGUCGGACGUCAGCAUCGAGGUCGAGAUCACGGAUCGGCUUUUGCGGCGGACAGAAGACAUUGAGGAGUCGAUCAGUGAGCUGGCGCAAAAGACUUUAGAGGACAUUUACUUUGGUCCAACGAAAAAGUCCGCCGAAUCUGACGAGCUGGGUUACAAGACUGAAGUCGACGGCCGCGUGCAGAUCCUGUUACAAGUCAGAGAACGCGGUAAUAAGGAUCCGAAGAUUGUGAAGCUGAUGCAGAAUCUGUUGACUGGACUCAAGAAGAAAGAGAGCGAUGGAGGUGUUUGGGCUGCUAUUUCGAAGGUUAUGGUAGAGAACUUGAUUGAGUCGGUUAUCGACUGGACACCCGGAAAGAAGGUAUCGCUGCAAAGCCUGUUUGGACUUUUGGCGCUAUUCGCCACGGCCAACAAGUCACUAUUCGAAGCCGAGCAACUUGUUGCACUGCAGAGCUACUUACAGCACGAGUCCCCCAAGGACGACCUAGCUACGUACUACGUCCUCGUCGUCUUCCGAAACAUUCUUCCUACCGUCGGUGCCGUGCGGUCGAAAUUCAGCACCGAGGUGCAGCAGAUCCUCCUGUCGCGGCUUACAAAGUUCAAUCUACGCGAACUGGCGGAGGCCGUGCCGUGUUUGUGGGACAUCAGUCUGGUGCUGAAGGACACGCGUCGGCUUGCGGCUACCACUGUCUCGUGCUUGAAGAUGAUUGCGCCAAACAAGGCUGAAGCUCUAUCGGGUCAUUUCAAAAGCUACGAGCAGGACAGUGUCAAGGUGGAGAACAAAGUCAUCCGGCUGCUGCAUUUGCUGGGUAUGAUUGGGCGGUACUUCAACCUCGAGGAGCACAUUGCAAUGUUCCAGUCCGUUCCGGGAAUCAAGGGACGGUCUGUUGUCGAGAUGAUUGUGCUUACGCUGCAGGUAUUUGCGUGCGCACAGUGUGUGCCGGCCAAGAUCAAGAAGAUUGCAAUCAGAAACAUAGGCAACAUGGCAAUCACGCACCCGCAGAUUUACCUGUCGAAGAUGGCGCUGAGAGUGCUUGACGACGCGUGGGAGUCUGAUGAUCGCGAGCUGAAGAAUACAGUUAUCAGGAUGCUGAUCGAGUUUGUGACGCACGACCAGGAGAAAGCGGACCAAGCGAGCAGGAAGCGCGGCAACAGUGAAGAGACUGUUGAUAUAGGCGUGCUGAAAGGAGAUACGCACAAGUUUGCUAACGACGGUGUGAGCGCAUCACUGAGUCAGCGAUACCUGGAAAACAUUCUCGCGGUCGCGAUAGACUCUGAGGACGACUACGCACUAUCGGCGACGCUGCUGCUGGAGAAGAUUGUGACGCAGGGGUUUGCCAAUCCGCGGUCCUGCGUUCCCACGCUUAUCGCGCUCGAGACGUCGAUGAACCCCACGAUCAACGCGCUCGCGGUUGAUAUCCAUCGCAAGCUGCACAGCAAGCACGAGUCGCUGAUCGACGGAAUCUACGUCGAAGGCGUGCGCCGCGCGUACGAGUAUCGUCGCCUGCAGCGGUCUUCGAAACAAGCUAGCGGGGACGAGAGCGCGAACGAAGACGACAGCGGCGUGAUCGUUGGCUCAAACGCUGAUUUGAUGCCGCUGUACUCGCUCGUGCGGCAGAACCGCAACUCGAAGCGUAAGCUGCUGACCUCUGUCGUGCGGUCGUUUGACUUUGACCCCGGAAAACUCGUGGCUGGUGUGCCGGUCUCGGAGGCUGGCGCCGACGAUCGCGACCUGCGCACCCGGCAUCUGGGAUACGUUAGGUACGUCGGGUAUUGCCUUGCGCGGCUGGAUCUGACGAUCGUAGAGGAGCCGUAUCUGAUUGUGCAUGGACUUGACAAGAUUAUUGGUAGUACGGGGAUGACGGUCCUCAUGGCGGUUUCAGACUUGCUCGGCAAAGUCUCCGCCCCGGACACUGACGCACAGCAACUUCCUGCCGACCUGCAGCAGCAGCAACAGUCGCUCGCGAUCUCAAGCGCCAUCAUCUACACCAUCUACCAACUGCGCCAGCACAUCCGACAAGCCUACAGCCUAACCGAGCACGCAUGCCAAUCCUUCACCUCGAGCUCGAAGCCAUCAAAGGAGUACUCGAAGCCGCCGGCGACAAAGUCCAGCAGCAUUGCGCCGUUGAAAUUGGACUGGAUCUGCUUGCAGAACGAUUUCAGGAAUCCGGCGGUGUGUUUGCGCGUGCUGGCUACGGUUAGGGAGUUGAUGGCGAACGUGGAGGUGGGGGAGAUGAAGUACGAGUGAGAUGGUGUUGUUCUUUUUUCAUUGCUUUGGGUGUGUACUUUAGGGGAGUCAUAAGUAUGUAAUUAUAGCUGUCAGUGGGUGGGUUUGCUAU